UAAAACUACAUGCUGAUAAUAUUCUCAGUUUACACAUUUUCAAGACACAAGCUUGUUGUGGAUUUUGAUUUGCUCAUCCAAAAAUUUAAUUUAGCUGCCUGGAUCACUUGACAGGCAUUGCCAUGAUUGCCAGCCUAAGCUUAUUGAAUGUUUUAAUAGUCAUUCAACUGCUACAUCCAUCAACAUGCUCGCCAAGAAAUCUUGAAGCUCAAAUUCAGGAACUAAAAAUCAAAGCAAUCACUUCCGUUGAACUUUCAUCGAUGAGCUUUGAUGAAAUUCCAAGUUUGUUCUUCCUUUACGAGAAUCUCGUCAACAAAAGGUUCGAGUCAGUCCAAAAAAAUAAUCCGAAAAAGUUUGAGGAAUUCAGGAAGAUCCAUCAAUAUUAUGCAAUCCAAAAUUCAUUCUACUCAUUAAAGCUGAGAGAUGUUAUGGUUGUUGAAAGCUUCAAUGCAGCAGAUCUUGACAUAAUCAGCAAUAAAGUCAACUGGACAGAGAAUGAGAUCAUUAGCUAUGGAUUCUUAGGGAAGCAAAAGGAAGUUCCAAAGUACUACAUUAAAAGAGAAAUGAUUUUUCACGAGGAAUCUCUGGCUGACUUUUUUAUAGCUCAAUACUUUUAUGAUAACUUGAUCCACCCGAAGGACCAUCCAAGUGAUGACGAAAUGGAACUAAGGAUAAGAUUCUUCCUGCAUGUUACAUCAGAUAGCUAUGACAGUAAGCCACUGACAAAUGAGUUUAUCAUUGGAAUGAUUGAGGAUCAAAAUGGUGAAAUGAUCAGCGACCAAAUCAGGAUGCUUAUGAAAUACAGGUUUAGGCACUUGUUGGAUCGAUUCUUGCCUAAUCAACUAAGUUUUGUUGAAAAAGUGACCAAAAUGUUCAGCAAGGAUGAAGAGAUUCUUGGAAAUCUUUGGGGAAUCAACGAUAGUCAGCCUUACUUCCUUAGAUAUUUUAGGUUCUUAUCCUCGAAUGACAAAGUCUAUAACUUGAAGAAUAUCGCUGAGAAAUUCUUCAUAAUUGGAACUGAGUCAAACUUAACCUCAAACUCAAAGAAACUGCAAGCUGACAAUAUUUUCAGUGGUAAGAACCAAAUCCUAAACGUACUGUACAGAAUCUACGAGAAAAGGAAUGAAAAUUUUACAAAUGACUUCCUUGAAGUUACAAAAUAUCAAGUCAGUGAUGACAUAAUGAGCAAGCUAAAGCAAGAGAGGAACUUCCUAGACUUUGUGGACUCAUCAAGCUACUCAGCCACUGCAAAGCGCGAAUUUUAUCUGUCAAAUUCCUUCAACAUGAUCAGCAGCACCAGGAACAAGACAGAAUUGAUGCAUUUUUGGAGCAGGCUUAAGCUACAUUUUAACAAUCAUGAGCUUAAAUGGUUCAUAACUCAAAAAGAGACAAGCUACAAUCAGACGCAGUUGUUCCUGCUGACAAGUCACGGUGAUGUUAGCUAUGUUGAAGCCUUCCUGAAUUUGACCAAAACUUACCUCAGCAGAGAUGAAAUUAAAGAGCUUUUAAUCCAAAGAUCCCCAGUCAGCCAAGAGUCGUUCAUUACUCGAUACAUGAUAAUCAUCAGGAAGACUGAAAUCUUGGAACUAAACUACAACUUUGCUAAGGAAUACUUAACACAUGAUGAGCUAAAGAACCUGAUUUUCAACAAUAACCCAGCUGAAUUCAUUCACAAAAUGUCGGGAAAUAAGAAAAUCUUCAAAUUUUUUAUGGACGCUUUGCCAGAAUUCUACACAAUAAAUGAAAUCCUGGACAUGCUUAUGGCAACUGAUGAGUACGGCAGCAAUAUUAUUUUUAACAUGGUGACAUCAGGAAAUAAAUAUAAUCGCAGGAAUGAUGUUGUGGUUUACUUAAAGGAUGUCUUUAAAGAUCAUCAAGACAAGUUAAAGGAGUUGUUAGCAGCUAGGAACAAUGUUGGACAGACUGUAUUUGGACGGUUCAAAGAUUCAUACGAUAAAGAUGGACUUGGGCCAUUUUUGGAGCUUGCUAAGGAGAUUUUUACUGAAAAGGAGAUUGAGGAACUUUAUAAGGAUCAGAGAAGUGAUUAGGCAUUGAUAAUUUGGUCUUGAACUCGAAUUCAGCAUGAAC